AUGGACGAUCAGACGCUAAAACAACUUGCUUUACAAAAAGAAAAAGAAUGGUUAGCUGUUAUGCAAGAACGACUUGUUGCAUUAGAAGCAACUGUUGAAAAUAGAGACCAACAAUUAGCUGAAUUAAAUCAAAAAUAUAAUCGUUUAUCAGAAGAUUUUAAAUAUAAUUUAAAAUUGAUCGAUGAUCGAGAUAAAGAACUUGCAACAUUUGAUAAUCGUUUCAAAGAAAUGAAAAAAAUUUUAAAUGAAAAAAAUAGUGAAAUAUCAGAAUUGAAAAUUGUUAAUGAUCAAUUAUAUACAUUAAAAAAACAAAUUGAAUUACAAAUAGAUGAAGAAAAAAAGCAUUUUUUACAUCGUUUAUCAAUAAAAGAAAAAGAUUUAUCAAAUUAUAAACAACAAUGUGAUCAGAUACUUCAAACAGAACGUGAACAAUUAGAACAAGAACGUCGAGCUAUUAAUCGUCGUCUUACAGAACUUGAAAAUGAAUUAGAAAGACAACGACGAGAAUUAACUAAUGAAUUUGAAACACAAACAAAAAAACUUGAAUAUGAUUGGAAACGUCGUCAUGAUGAUGUUAUCAAUUUACAACUUGCGAGUGAACUGAAAAGUAAAUUAUUAACUGAAGAAUUGGAACAAAAUGUUCAAACAAUUCGUAAAAUAGAAUUGAACAAUAUUGAAUUAACAGAACGAAAUAAAACACUGGAAAAGUCAGUUAAAGAACUCGAAUGGCAAUUACAUGAACAAGAAGCUGUAAAAAAUGCAAGGAUUAAAGAACUUGACUUGAAGUGUAGUAAUGUUGAUGGAAGACUUCAAGAACGAGAAGAUGAUUAUAGUCGAAAGUACAGUGAACUUGAUCGAUUAAUACGUGAGAAAGAUGUUAAAAUAGAACAAUUAAAACAAAGUUAUCAAGAACUUGAAGAUAAAUGGCAAAGUUCAAAUGAUCAAUGUUUUCAAUUACGACAACAACAAAAUGAAAAACAACGUGAAUAUGAACAGAUCAUCCGAGAAAAAGAUACAUCUCUAUCUACGCUACAAGAGGAAAUAAAUCGAAUAAAAAAACAAUGGAAUCAUCAAUUAACACAAAUAAGUAAAGAACAUGCCAAUGAAAAUAUUGAACAUCGUGCUUUACAAGAUGAAUGUGAUACAUUAAAAGCUGAACUUAAAAUUAAAGACAAUCAUAUAAAUCGAUAUAAAAAAGAACUUGAAGAGGCUUUGGAUCGUGAACGUGCAUUAGAAGAAGCAAAAGCACAAUUAGAUAUUGAUUGGCAAAAAAAACUUGAUCAAAAUCAAAGACAAGAAUAUCAUAAAUCAGAAGAUCUUAUUGAAAAAUUGUCUAGUGCUCAUGAACAGGCUAUUGCACAAGUAAAAAAAUUAGAAAAUGAUAUUCAUUUUAAAGAUGAUUUACUUAAAGCUUAUACAAAUCAAUAUAAAUCAAAUGGUGGCGAUGCUGAUGUUUUAGUUGUCUUACAACGUGAAAAUGAAAAUCUUCGUUCAGUUAUUUCACAAAUGCGACAACAAAUGGAAGCACUUGUAAAUGAUUUACCUGGUCAAGCAACAUCCGGUCAAUCAAAUUUAAUUGUUGAAUUACAAAAUGAAAAUCAAACAUUACGUCAACAAAAUCGUGAUUUAAUUUCUCGGCUUGAUUCACGUCAUUCAAAUCUUGAUAUUGAUCAUACAGCUGUUAAUAAUGAACUUAAAAAAAAUCCACAAUUAAGCAGUUAUGUACAAUCAUUGAAUAAUACCAUUGCAACUUUACGUACGGAAAAAAUGCAACUUGUAUCUCAAGUACGAAAAUUAGAAGGUCGUUUAAUUCAAAUAGAAAAGAAUCAUGAUAAUUUUCAACGAGAACUUCGACAAAGACAAUCACGUAUUGAUCAAUUGACAUAUCAAUUAAAUGCUGAUGAUCGUCGUCAUCAAACUGAACUGGCUAGUAUGAAACAAAAAAUGAGUGAUAUUGAAGUACUUCUAUUAGAAACAAGACGUGAAGCAGAUGAAUAUCAAAAAUCAAUUAUUGAACGAAAUGCUGAUGUUGCUGAAUUAGAACGAAAGUUAAGUGAAGCAAAAUUAGAACUAGCUGGUCGCACCCCACUUUUUAAUUAUGGUGGUCAAGAAAUUCUUAUUCAACAGCUGCAAGAUGAAAUUGAACGAUUGACAAAGAAGUUUUCUGAAGUACGACCUAAACUAAAUAUUAAUAAUGGUGAUACCAAUGAUGAUGGUGUCAAUGUUACGGAAGUUCUUUUAAAACAAGAAAAUGAACAAUUAAAACGUCGAUUAGAACAAGCAAAUAGUCGUAUUCAAACAUUAAUUCGUGAUAAAGAACGUUUAUUGGAAAUUAGUAAUAAUUUGCGAUCACAAUUAAAUCGAUAUGAAGAUGAACCAGUAAUGAUAAAACGUCCACAAAUCGUUGAUGUAAUACCAACAAAUAUUCGUUCGAAUAUUCCAACUUCACCAAAAAAAGAUUAUGUUAAUCUUGAAAGUAAACUUCAACGACUUGAACAACUUCAAUAUGCUUUAACAAAACAAGAGUUAGAAAAUCGAAAACGAGCACAUCAAGUAGCCAAUGAAUUGCAACAACAACAGCAGCAACAACAAAGACCAACAAGUGCACCUGAAAAAACUGAAAAUCCAUUAAUGAAUAGUGGUAAUACAAUAACAACAAUAGCUUCGGAAAAUAUUCGCGAUUUAUGGAAAGUACUUGACAAUACGCCUGGUAAAGGGCCAUCUAUAGCAAAAUCAUCAACAAUUAAUGUUAAUGCUCAACGAAAAGUGUUGACAACUCGUUCUACACGAUCGUCCAAUCAACAACAACCAGCAACAGCUCGUGGUGGAGGAAGAGGAGGAAGUACUCGUCCAAAAGUUCGUAAUUGGAAUACUCGUGAUGAUUAA